AGGAAGUAUUAUAUAAGACUAUCACCUAUCGUUCUUUCUCCCUUGCUUCCUUUUCUUUUUCGACGUUUUAUCAUUAAAUGAAUACUUUUACAAACGAUUCGUAUGAUCAAUACGCAGAUCAACUCUUGAAUAGUGCAUUUCAUAACGCAAGACAAUCUAAUCAUGCAUUAUUGACUAACAAUGAUCAACCACUUAUUUUAAACAGGUUAUUGCAAGAUCAAGCAAGAUUUUCACCUGUAUCUUCUCUAUACCCCAAUACUAUGAAUGAGUGGAUUUUACUUUAUCAAUUACAACAACAAAAGGAACUUCUAGAAAGACAAAAGCAAAUACAAACUUCAACUACUCCAUUUCCUACAAAUGAUACUCAUUCAACAUGCGUUGAAACCCCUUUAGAGCAAACAGAACAGGAUAAUAUAAAUAAAAAUACACAGAAAACGGAUGAAAGGUCUUUAGCUAAUGACGAAAAGAAGAAAAUUCCUCGUGUCCCUGUACAAAAAGAGCAAGUCACUACUGCUACUACUACUACUACUGGUCAUCAAGAACAAGAUAUCAUCAUAAACGAUCACUCUACACUAAAUGACACUAUAGCAAAUCCACUUGAAAGUAUAUCAAGGAAUUAUGCUAGCACUCAUAAUAAACAAUUAAACACGAAAAAGAAUUUCUUGUAUAAAUCAUGGUCUACAAGUGGCUUCAGACAUAAUAAAAAAAAGCCAAUAACACUUGAAUCUUCUCAAAACGAUACAACACAUAAUUUAGGAUAUAAGAAAACAGAAAAGACAAAAUCAACUUUAGAAAGAAAGCCUUCAUUUUGGAGACCAAGAAAAGAGAAAUUUAAAAAACAGCAAGGUGAUCACGAGGAGAUAGUAACGACGAUUGAUGACAAAGAAACUAAAGCAGCACUAACAAAGAAUAGAUCAAAUAAAUCGUUUGCAUCACCUGCUCGUAAAAUAAGGACUCCAACUGUUAAAAAGCCAGCAGUAGUAGUACAGCCGAGAGGUCAGAAAAUGUCUUCUGUUAAAAAAGGUGGAACAAUCAAAGCUAAUACAAAAAGACAAAUGGCAUUCAAAUCACCUACAGUAAAAAAGAAAUCAGAUAAGGUUAAAAAUAAGAAAUCUUCCAAGAGUGUUCAAAAUCCAACAAUGUAUUAUAUGCCUCAACAGCAACAACCUAUGUUUUAUUAUCCUCAACAGCCUGUUAAUAAUGCUAUCAUGCCUUCUUCUUUUACUAAUUCAGUUCCAAUCUUUGGACAUAAUCCAUUUCCUAUUCAACAAGAACAAAAGAUAGCAACAGCAAGUAAUAAAAAUACUUCUUCAAAAAGAAGCACUACAAUUUUAAAUCCAAGAGAAACCUCAAAUGAUAAAUGUUUAAUCAUGUAAAAGGAAACAAAAAAAAAAAUGUAACUGAGAUUAGUUGUUCUUUUUCCCUUUUUUUUUUUAUAUAUAUAUA